GAACCUUUAUACCUGAUCUUCCAGCACAUAAAACAAGCUAACCUGUAAUCCCCACCAUAAGGAUGGUGCCUGCUUGUGAGAUUUCAUUGCUUUUUGCACUGAUUUGUGCUACAGGGCUCACCAUUUCUGUGGCUGCAGGACAGGAAGGUGCCCGGCCAGAAGUGGUUGUGUCCCAGGGGCGACUCCAGGGGACACAAGCUCGCGUGAAGGGAACGGACAGACUCGUGAAUGUUUUCCUUGGCAUCCCUUUUGCAAAGCCACCUGUUGGAUCCCUGAGGUUUGCCCCUCCAGAGCCACCUGAACCAUGGACCGGUGUCAGAGAUGCAACUUCCUACCCACCCUUCUGUCCCCAGGACCUGACCUUUCUGAGAAGAAUUCAGAAAACGUGGAAAGAAAAGCACGGUCCUCUCAGAACUUCGGAAGACUGUUUGUUUCUAAAUAUUUAUACUCCUGCCGAUUCGGACAAGAAGACCAAGUUACCUGUGAUGGUGUGGAUCCACGGAGGCAAUUUUAUCUUUGGUGGGGCAUCCAGGUUUGACGGGUCAGCACUAUCAGCCUACGAGGACGUGGUGAUGGUGAUCAUUCAGUACAGAUUAGGUCUUCUUGGAUUCUUUAGUACCGGUGAUGAACAUGCUCGUGGAAACUGGGCGUAUUUGGAUCAAAUAGCAGCUCUCCAGUGGAUUCAGAAAAAUAUUGAGCAUUUUGGAGGCAAUCCAGGAUCUGUUACUAUAUUUGGCGUGUCUGCAGGCUCAGUCUCUGUUUCUGCACUAGUUUUGUCUCCCUUGGCCAAAGGCUUAUUUCAUAAGGCCAUAUCAGAGAGUGGGACUGCACACCUUGUUUCUGGAACCUUAUCUUCUGUUGUUGCUCAGAAAACGGCCAAGUUAUAUGCCUGCGAGACAACCAGUUCAGUUGCCAUUGUUCACUGCUUAAGGCAGAAGACAGAGGAGGAGAUGGUCUUCAACAGUAGUCUGGGACAGGAAGUCCCAAUGGUACCUUUAGUUGUGGAUGGCGUAUUGCUUCACAAGUCACCUAAGGAGAUUCUGGCUAGAAAAGAGUUCAAUGCUGUCCCAUAUAUGAUUGGAGUAACUAACAAUGAAUUUGGCUGGAAUAUACGUGCUUCAUCCAACAUUCCUGGCCUGAAAGAAGUGGGCGAUAGAGCAUCAAUCAUCUCAACAAUCGAGUUUCUCCAGCCAUGGUUGAGUGUCCCACCUGAAGUUCUGCCUGUGAUAAUCAAUGAAUAUCUAGGAGACACAGAUGACUCUGCUGAGCUGCGAGAUGGGUUUCUGGACUUGUUGGGAGAUGUGGCAGUUGUCAUGCCAUCUCUGGAAACACUAAAUUAUCACAGGGGGUCUGGUGCUGCAACCUAUUUGUUUGAGUAUCAGCAUCGCCCAAGUUUAUAUAGAGAUACUAAACCCGCAUAUGUGAAAGCUGACCAUGCAGAUGAAGUUGCUUUUAUCUUUGGAGGACCAUACCUGGCAGGUGACAUACGUCUACGUGAUGAAGUUACAGAGGAAGAAAAGCACCUCAGCAGAACUCUAAUGAAAUACUGGGCUAACUUUGCUCGAAAUGGAAACCCAAAUGGGGAAGGUUUGGCAGAAUGGCCAUCUUAUAACCUGGAUGAAGGAUACCUAGAGAUAAAUCUAGAGCAGAAGAAAGCAAAGCAGCUGAAAAAAAAGCGAGUGGAAUUCUGGACAAAGAUAGUGCCUGAAAAAAUCAAGGAGAAAAGUGCUGAAAACAAGAAAGAACAUGGAGAGUUAUAGCUUAGCCAGCAUGAACAUGGAAUCAUUAUCAUUUGCUUCUAAUCAUUUAGGUGUUUACCCGGCUACUGUCAUGACAGAACAAACACCUCUCCUAGAAAAUAAAUGAUCUGAUGUAUUGAGAGAUGCUUCUUUCCUUUUUAACUCUUGCCUUUACCAUCUGCAGAUAGAAGAUACCAUGCCAAGCAAUUUUACAUUAAAUAAUUCCCUUCUGUCAUUCAUUUUGAUGCUUUCCUGAACUUGUCAGAGACAUUUAACAAUCCCAGUUGCCUGCUCUCCUUUGUGCUCAGUCCCCCACAAUCACCAGAUGAGCACCAAUUUAACAAAGCUGCAUCAAUAAAGAUGUGAUCU